AUGAAAUUCGCGAACUCAUCAAUAUUUUCGAUUGUCUCUAUUGUGAUUUUUUUUGAGUUGAGUGAAGCUCAUUACUAUGGACCUGUGAUUAAGGACGUUCAUGACCAAUUUGGAAGGACUGAAGUGAUCAUAGUACCACAAACAAACUAUUUUUCAUUUGAAAACAUCAUGAUCUGGCAUGAAACCACUAGGAUAUUAUCCAAUGAAGGAAUAUCGACAGUUAUCCUUAACACUAGGCACUUCGAAGAAAAACUGAAGACUUAUAAUAAGGAAACCACUCGCUCCCUCAUCGUGAUUGCCCUUGAUACAAUCGAAGAAUUGCAUGCUUUCGAAUCAACCACUCAGGACUUGCACAUGAGCUAUGCUAUUUGGCUGAUAUUUUUCACGAGAGAUGCUGACCGAGAUGUUUGUGAAUUUUGUCGCAACCCGCAAGAAAGUUUAUCAAACAUGAAGUUGGGCUCGAGAAUACUUAUUUCCUGUUGCGCCUUCAAUACAAUUGAAGAAUGGAGGUAUGCUGGAAAGAAUCGUACCGAGAGGCAGGAGCUUGGCAGAUUGAACAGAGAUGAUCGCGGAAUUGUGUGGUUCUCUAAUAAGCAGGUCGCAGAUAUUCAUGGCGGCAGAUAUUCACUUGCUGGCCGAGGGCUCCGCAUUGUUGCGGUGAAGCACUGUCCCAUAUUUUGGGAAAAGGAUGGCCAUUAUUAUGGAGUUUUGGGUGAAAUUCUGAGAGAACUGUCUCAAGCAAUAAAUUUCACGGUAUCGAAAAUAAUCUGGGAAGAUGAUUACGGAGCUUGGAAUCCAGAAACCUCGAGUUGGACGGGUGCAAUCGGAAGGAUUCAUCGACAAGAAGCUGAUCUAGGAGUUUCUGAUUUCAUGUUCAGUACUCAUCGGUCUACUGCGGUUGCUUUCACAUCUCACUUCACAUCUGCAGGUUUCUACUUGUAUCUUAACAAACGUUAUAUGGCUCGCUUACACUGGAAUGCUUAUUUCAAGCCGUUAUCAAUGGACGUCUGGAUGGUCAUUUUUGGGUUAAUUCUGACAACGAGUAUUCUAUUGAACCUCAUCAACUACACGAGAAGAUCACAUUUUUUUCCUCUUCUCUUUCAACACUGUCUAUAUGCUUGGGGUAUCUACUGUUACCAAGCAUUGCCAAAAUUCCCUAAAGGAACUUCUUCGAGGAUCGUUUAUGCGUCAAUAUUGUUAUCGUCGGUGGUCACUUUAAUUGCAUAUGCUGCUGCGAUGACCAGUAGGCUCACUGUAGUUUCAUACAUACCAUUCAAGACACUGCAAGAAUUCGUAGACGACGGCAGUUUCCAUGUCAUAAAGCUAAACGUGUCUCAGGAUUUUGAUCACUACAAGUUCUUUGACCAGACACUGACAAAGAAAAUGAUGUCUUUGAUGAUGCCAAGAAAUUUGCUUCCUGUAACCGAUGAGGAAGCAUUUGAGCAGGUAUGCAGCAAGAGAGUGGGGUACUACUUAAACGACAUGGCGAAGAAAGCUAUAGAAGCUCAAGGUAUUAGAAUACCUUGUGAACUCUCUUCCAUCAAAUAUGGAAAAACGCAAAUAUUAGCGAUGAUCAUGCCACACGGCAGUAGAUGCUUAGACCUCGUCAAUUACUACAUUAUGCAGUUCAGAAGUAACGGAAUGUUGCAACGUUUGGAGCACAAGUACUACAAGGAGCUCAAGCGAAAUGACUUGAAAUAUUCAUCAGUAUCUCUUCGAGGAGUGGCACCCCUCCUGCUCAUUUUAGCUAUUGGAUUUUUGAUAGCCUUGAUCAUCUUCAUCAUCGAACAAAAUGCUAAUGCGUUCAGAAAGAAGUUACGUAGUUAUCAAAAAAGGCGGACAACUUUCUUGAAAACACGAAAGGCAUCUUUAUUUCUAGCAAACGACUGUAAUUUCAAAAAACGUUUACGGAAUUUGAAGCAAUUCAUAGGAAGAAUGCAAUUGAAAUAG